AUGUCAGGUGAAGAAGUUGCUGUUCCUCAGGCUGAGAUUCCUGCUGUUGGUGAUGCACCUCCUCUUGGGGAGCCAAUGGACUUGAUGACAGCAUUGCAGCUUGUGCUGAGGAAAUCUCUGGCUCAUGGUGGGCUUUCUCGAGGUCUUCAUGAAGGGGCCAAAGUGAUUGAGAAGCAUGCUGCUCAACUCUGUGUCUUGGCAGACGAUUGUAAUCAGCCUGACUAUAUCAAACUUGUUAAGGCACUUUGUGCUGACCACAACGUGAACUUGUUAACUGUUCCAAGUGCAAAGACUCUUGGAGAGUGGGCUGGUUUGUGUAAGAUUGAUUCAGAGGGGAAGGCCAGGAAAGUAGUUGGUUGCUCUUGCGUUGUUGUGAAGGAUUUUGGGGAGGACAGUGAAGCUCUUAAUGUCGUUCAACAGCAUAGAUGCCAAGCUUUCACUCGGAAUGGGAUGCUUAAUGUCAGGGUGACAGUAUUAGACUUUCGAGCAUUGCUUAGCAAGCUCAAGUCCUGGAAUUCCCAACUUAAGCCGUACAAAUUCAAUGUAUGGAGGGACACAACAGGCGGUGUGGGUUUAGAAGUUGGGUGUCGCAUCUUAUCCUACCCAGCAAAAACUCCUGUACAAUCUUUACGGGAAUACUUCGUUUUGUUUGAUUAUAUCCAACUUGUUAAGGCACUUUCUGCGGAUAGCAGUUUCACAAUGUGA